AUCGCUUUCGAUAAGAAGGGGUGUAAAUGACGGUGAUCGCUGGACCGUUUUGAUUAGAGCGUUAGAAUGGAUCGAAACUCUGUGGGGCCUGUACCCGCUUGUGUUUAUUGAUCAACGCCGAAUAAUGAUCUACGAAUAAGGGAUUUUGAACCCGUUGCGAAAACCAAAUCUCAGUUUAGGUUGACUGCGCCCACAAACAGAGAAAGGGGCCAGGAGAAAGGAGGAACGUUUUAGGAGUAGUGUGCUAGGCUAGCUUACCGUGCCUAUUGUGUCUGGUUGGACCGGUAGCGAUAACAAAGCGAGAUUCAAGUAUCUGUUAGUGCUGGGAGAUAUUAUAAAUCUUCCCUUGCCUGUGUGUGACUGGUUCAGCGUGCUGACGCUUGAAGUUGAAGUAAGGCGGGGCUGUGUUGCAUUAUAUCGGGCCUGUCCUGGGGAUUGUCUUGUUGAACAGGUUCGGAAAGGAAAGUUUCAGGAAGAGGAGAUGAGGAGAGCAAAUGAAAGCAAUGAACACUCUCCUUUCAGCACCCUCGACGAAACAGGGACACCCUCAAGAUGACGUAUGAGGAGAGGGUAUUUAUCACGUGCUGUUUUCACUCAACUACCACGGCUGUGAACAGCCUGUCUGUGUGGCAUCGUCUGCUGCUCAGAAGACAUUUAUAUCUCCAGAGAUCUAGUCUUAUGAAGGAAAGGUUGGAGGAACGCAAAACAUUAAAUGAAAUUCAAACUAUAGGCUAAAAGAAUAGAACAUACUUGUUGGUUAAAGUCAUGAGACGGAAGUUAACGGAUUUUCGGGCUUUUCACGAAUGUUUUCUAUUUGGAAAUUGCUAAGAAACAAAGAAUUAUGUACCCUAAAGUUGCCUCGGAAUGACAAAUGCUACACAGAGCAGAUAUAGAUCUGAGAUCUUCAACGAGGAUCUUAACUUACCAGAUGACGAGGAGUUGGCCCAACGCGAGGAAGAAGCAGUCAUGACUGUGGCUUGCACGCCGUCUGAGAGCCCGGUCCAGGGACAUCCGCUGUCCGACUCGAGGCUCCAGCAGCUAGUAGAAGAUCUUGCAGACGAAGCUGAACAACAAGCCGUUCUCGACACUGUCGCUAUAGAAACAGAACAGGAGGAUGACAUCCCGGAAAUGGUGUGUGGAUGGGGAUGCUCGACUUCCUCACUGCCGAAAGCCCCUCAACCAAAGCGUGUCGUGGGUUUAAGACGGCGAAACCCCCGGGCCAUGGCCUCGGAAAUUGACACGUCCAAGAUGGUUGUCCGUUGUGUGAAGGAAGAUUACAACUCAGAGCAUCACAAGAUUGCGUGGAAGGCCAACGUAGAACCUGGUACGUAUAGAUAUAUUUGCAAUAAUGGAAUCUACAGAUCAACCAAAUUUGCAAACACCGGGACAGACUGGGUAACGGCAAAGAGAUCUAGAUUUUUUACAGAGCGCUCCGUACCCAAUCCUGAAGUUCGCCAAGCACAGAGGACGCUAAAAAAAGAUCUCAACCAACAUUUCCGAGCUCAACAACAAGAACACUACCUACAGAUCCCAGAGCACCCAACUUUCCACCUGACCCAUGGGCCGAGCCUCCGCCAAUCGGACGGUUUAGUCGUCCCGUCCACGGCACCGACAGUCAACGUCACGGGAGCCUCGUCUCCCCGUGCAGCCACCUGCACCGAAUCCUCACGUCCCAUCACCAACGAUCAACAGAAGGACCCCAAGAUGGUGAAAUCGGCGAGUGACCUCUUCGUGGAGAACUUUUCCUCCAGAAUGACCGCCUUUGAGAAGGAAAAGAGCGACGUACACCCGAAGACACCGGACAACGGUCUCAAACCCGGCACCAUUCCCGCCAGCGCCGUGUCUGCUAUUCACAACACACACCUCCGUCGAAUCCAUGACUCUCCCGACACGGCGAAAUUCCUGGCGAAACAGGCGGAGGACAUAGCUAAAGACGUUUUCAUGGUGAAACCUGUGCUUCGGGCAGAGCAACCUCUGAAACCUUUAGAAAAGUUAACCCCACAGCAAAAGAACUCAGAGAGGCAUGGGAAUGAGUCCGAUAGAGGGUCGACCGCAACAAAUUCCAACCGAGAGUCGCCCUCCCUGUCCACGUCCUUCAUGACUGCUAUGAACGCCUUCGCACAGAUACAUCACCAGCACAAUCGGGAGACUAACCAAAGUAAAUCCAACCCGACGACGUUCAGACAACACCCGGGGAGACAGAGCAUUAUAAGCAACUGCAGUGGUACAAGCCAGAGUGAUACCGACUCCCUUAGUUCGGUGAGGAACGCUCUCACGCUCACCAACAACGACAUUGAGAAGAUGCGGUCUUGCCCUUCCAUGAACUAUUAUGCAAUGCGAGACUACAGCCGGUUUCUCACUGGUAAAGGUGGAGGGAAACUGCCGGGUCCUACCAACAUCACCGGUAAGACUCAGGGAAGUCAGCGGAGAGCGGCUCUUGCCUCCAAGGUCCUCUCCACGUCCAACAUUCACCACCACCAUUCCCUGAAUUCGGCCAGUUCCUAUCAUGGUGGCUCUAGCCAUUUUCAUGCAUCGAUCGGUAAUGGCGGCAAGCCAAAUGCCGGGGAGGACGUCAGAAGUAUAACGUCAGACCCAGCCACUGAAACAACCAGUGUCAAUACGUCAUCAGUUUCUGCUCCAGGAAAAACUCUCCGAGAAGCUAAAGCACAAAGCAUGUCUCUGCCUGAGAUUGCCGGGAAACGCCUUUCUGUAGCCGCGAGCAGCCACCGAAUGUUAUGAGGUGCUCUCUUUAUAAGAAAUUGUUGAUAUUAUCGUAUUUGAGAAAAUAAAGCAUGUUGAUGUAUUUUACACCUAUUCUGUAAUAAAAUAUUCGGAACAAGAGAG